AUGUUACAAGGAAAUCUUUCCAGAGUGACAGAGUUCAUCCUCGCUGGGUUAACAGACAAACCAGAGCUGCAGCUGCCCCUCUUCCUCCUUUUUCUAGGAAUCUAUGUGGUCACAGUAGUGGGGAACCUGGGCAUGAUCAUCCUGAUCCUGCUCAGCUCCAAUCUGCACACCACCAUGUACUUCUUCCUCAGCAGUCUGUCUUUCGUUGACCUCUGCCAAUCUACUGUUAUUAUCCCCCAAAUGCUGGUGAACUUUGUGGCAGUGAAGAACACCAUCUCCUACACUGAAUGUAUGGCUCAGCUCUACCUUUUCCUUAUUUUUGCUAUUGCAGAAUGUCACAUGCUGGCUGCAAUGGCAUAUGACCGCUACGUUGCCAUCUGUAACCCAUUGCUCUAUAAUGUUGCGAUGUCCUAUCAAGUCUGUUCCUGGAUGAUAUUUGGCGUGUAUUGUAUGGCCUUGAUGGGUGCCACAACUCACAGAGUCUGCAUGCUAAGAGUGCAUUUCUGUAAGGCUAAUGUAAUAAAUCAUUACUUCUGCGAUCUAUAUCCACUACUGGAACUCCCUUGUUCUGAUACUUUUAUUAAUGAAGUGGUAGUUCUGUGUUUCAGUGUUUUUAACAUCUUUAUUCCAACUCUGAUUAUCCUGAGCUCUUACAUCUUCAUUAUUGCCAGCAUCCUCCGGAUUAAAUCCACUGAAGGCAGGUCCAAAGCCUUCAGCACCUGCAGCUCACACAUAUCAGCUGUUGCUAUCUUCUUUGGCUCCCUUGCAUUCAUGUACCUGCAACCAUCAUCAGUCAGCUCUAUGGACCAAGGGAAAGUGUCCUCUGUGUUUUAUACCAUUGUUGUGCCCAUGCUGAACCCACUGAUCUACAGCCUGAGGAAUAAGGAUGUCAAAGUCGCUGUAAAUAAGUUCCUUGAAAGAACUUUUUCCUUGUGA